AUGACUGAAGUCGUCGCCAAUGGCUCUAGCUCAGGCACCGGCUCUGUCCCUCUCGAUUUCGCUGCCACGAGAUCCGCCCUCACGUCCUCCUCGACCUCAAAAAGGAUAGCUCAUCUGCGCACCCUGGUGGACAGGAUAUCCAACGCUGACACCGACUCGGCAUCCACCCGCAAGCUUGUUCAGCUACUCUUCUGGACACAUGCGUUCUACACCGACCGACCCUCACGACUCGCCGUCCAGGAAUGUCUGUCCGCCAUCCUAGACAAGGGCAUUGAGCCCGACAUCCUCGCCGCCUUCGUUGCCGCUCUGCGCGCAGAGUCGCAGAAACCCGGCAUCGCCGCGAGCAAUGCCUUUGUUCUAGUCGAAUGGUGCAGUCUGCUCAUGCAGCACCUCGCAAAAACUACCGAGUGGGAUAAAUUUGCUUCCCAGAUUCUCCUGAGUGAUGCGGAUGCUCUGGACAAGUGUCUUCAAUCCGCCGCCAAGGGUGGCAUGGCCCAUUCCGCCAUCGUUGUUACUCGGAGAGGACUGCGCAAACUCUUCUCCUUGCACCAAAGCCCCGAGAAGGCUCUAAAGGACGCCGUACAGCUGCUGACGGCCAAGGCCGCGCAACCCUCCGCAACGAAGACUCCUCUUCUCGGAAUUAUCGCCGGCGUUAGUUCGAGGAUACCUGCCGUGAAGCCUGCCCUCGAGGCUCAGAAAUCCCAGUAUUUCACCUUUUACACCAGAGAAAUAAUCGGUUCUCGGACAGCGUUACCGGCCCAUGUAGCAUCUGGCCUAGAGGACUUCUUCCUCGAUUUCGUCACCCUUGAUGAACUCACCAAGGAGAUUAUUCCCCCCCUGGAAAAAGGCCUGCUCAGGGCCCCCGAGAUUGUCCUGAGCGAUGUGCUUAUUCCUCUCAUUCGCUGCCUUCCCAAGGACUACGACCUUUCCCAGAUUCUGGUGGGCAACUUGCUCAAACCUAUCCUUUCGAAUGUCAAGUCUAGCAACGUUGUCACUCGCACCGGUGCUGUCAAGGCCUUCAACGCUCUCGCUGCUCAAAGUCACGAGGAAAAGGCCCUCGAAAAGAUCUCAGAGGAGAUUGUAGGGCCUGUCAAGGGUGGAAAGUUGGCAUCGGCAGACCAUAGAAUCCUCCACUGCGAAAUGUUAGAGGCAAUCACACUAUCCAAGACCACUGCCGAUAAGAUUGCAACGGCUCUGGCCGCCAUCUCGGCAAAGGAAGGAAAUGAAGCUGCCCUCGCGGUUGAGACAUCAGCCCUCGCAAGAUCGGCUGGAUUUUUACUCCAAAACGACGUUGAAGUGGCCAAACCGGUUGUUGACGCAUGCCUGAAAGGUAUUUCUGACAAGAAGUUCCCAACUCGGCGUAUCUGGCUUCUGCGCGUUGGAGAGAUUUUCAACCUGUCUUCGGCCUCUGGGGAUCUCUCGACAAAUGCCGUCAAGUUUGCUGAAGCUACUGUACCCAAGCUUCUCGAUACUUACAACGAGGUUGUCGCCAACCCCCUGGUUGCAGCUCAAAACAACAUGACAGUCGGUGCCUUCAUUGCUACCACGCUUACGUCGUGGUCCCAACAAUCCAAUGUGACAUCGACCCUCAGGUCAACACUAGCCAAAGUCUCCCUCACUGGACAGUGUCUCACCCUCGAGCCGAAGCCUUCUUUCUUGCUGAACCCUCGUGUCUACGGGAAGAUCACUGCUGAGGAUGAGCUCACUUGGUUCGCUCGGGCUUUGUCGGCCGCUGCAGAGCACUUGUCUGAGAAGACACCCCAGUCGGUUGCUGUGGCAUGGGCCGAGGCCUUCAUCUACGCCGUUGGGGCUUCAGUAGCCACCCCUAAAACCCGACAAAUCGCAACAAACACUCUUACCUUGGUUUAUGCUGCAAGACCUACGCUUGUUUCGCAGGCCAUUGUGAGCGGCAUUUGGCACUGGCUCGAGACUCUAGAAAGCGGUGACAAGGAUAGCGCGGCAGUUCUGUCCAAAACCGACAAAACGAACCUUCAUCUUGUUCUUCGCGCCAUAUGCGUCAACCCAAAGGGUUUACCAGAACAUUCGCAGAGCGCUGUGCGAGAGGCCGUGGAUGAACAGCUUUGCUCACUGCUUGUGCUCGCUCGGAAAGAGCUUAUUCCCCGCACAAGCUGGAUCGAACUCUGUUUGCGCGUGGAAAGGGAUCCCGGAGAAUUGGCACGUGAGAUAGAGGGUGACCUGCUGCGAGAAAUCUCAGACAGGACUUCCAUCGAGCAGAAGUCAGAUACAGUCAAACAAGCGGCCUGUGACGCCGCUGCGGAGCUGGCAUUUGUGUCUCCCGAUACUAUGACUAGCAAGAUUGUCGAGAUUAUACGCCGGGAUCUGAAACCGGACGAAUUGCGCACCAUUGGUCCGGUCGAGGCUGCCAUCUUCCGAACCCCCGAGGGAACUGCUUUCGUGGAUGUCCUCGCAAAGAAGGCACAGACAACUGUGCCUGACAAGAAUAAUAAGGACUAUGACAUUCUAAAAUGGGAGGCCGAGUUGAGGUCGCAACUGGCCCAGAAAAAGGGGCAACAAAAGAAACUCACUGCGGAGGAGACAGCAAAGGUCACUGCUCAGCUUAAGAAGGAAGCUGGAAUCCGGGCCACGGUCCGUCGUAUUGAGACGAGACUCCUGCGUGGCAUCGGGAUUAUCCAAAGUCUCGCAACUGGACCUCCGACCGAAUCUGCUCUUUGGAUGGGACCCGCCGUCAAGGCUCUUCUGGACGUCAUCAACGCUGGUGCUAGCCUUCUAAUAGGCGAUGCUGCCCCCCUAGCUUACCUGGCGUGCUCAGAUCGUACGACGAGCCGCCUGGGUCCUAUGAGACCUUUUGUUGGAGUGGCCACCUUACGUGCUCGUGACGUUAGUGCUCUGCCCGAUUACUACAAGGAAGAGCCUGUCGACGUACUUGUAACUAGAGUGCUCUAUCGAUUGCGAUUUGCUGGAGAGCAACGUCCUUUCGACACAGUGUCCCUCAUCUACGCUCUUCCCCUAGUCUUUACUGUCCUCGAAAGUGGAGGCUUCGGUUCAUCUCCUGACGACCGAGACGCUCAACUGGUUCUCGCCAUCGAGUUCCUCUCCUUCCACACAAAUAUCUGCGAAGACCCGGCAACGCCUCGGUUGGAGGUGAUAUCCUCGCUGAUUAUGGCCAUGCAGCAGUACACUCAGCACUACAAGAUCAUCAAGGAUUGUUUUGCUGACAUGUGUCGAUGUGUUGCCCCCAACAUGACCGCCGAGGAAAUCGCCGCCCUGGCCAAAGGAUCCAUCGUCCCUCAAGUCAGCGUGAGAACAGCUGUGCUGCAAGCCAUUAGCUCUGAAGUUGACAUGAGCGAAUCCGACUUCUCCAAUGAAAUUUGGCUCGCAUGUCACGACGAUGUCGAGGAGAAUGUGGAGCUUGGCCGUGAUAUCUGGGAGGAAAGCGGCUUCACACUGUCUAAAGAAGUGCCAGCCAAGAUGCUUGUCUACUUUGACAGUAUUGAUGCUCAGCUCCGUAGAGCCGCAGCCCGUUCUUUGGCGGAGGCCUGCAAUGCACAUAACUCGACGCUGGAGCCAAUCUUGGAGUCUCUGAAGUCCUCCUACACCGAACUCGCCAAACCGCGCGUCCCUCAGUUAGACGAGUAUGGCAUGCCGAAGAAAACAAAUAUGGCAGAUCCCUGGGAAUCGCGGCAUGGCAUUGGAUCUGCGUUCAAGGAACUGGCCCCUCACAUGGCCAAGCAGCAGCUUGAUCCUUUCUUCGAAUUUCUCAUUGAGAACGGGCCUUUGGGCGACCAGAAUGCCAAUGUCCGUAGUGAGAUGCUCGAUGCAGCCAUCCACGCGAUUGAUCUGCAUGGCAAGGGUAUGGUUGAGAAGUUGAUGAGGGUAUUCGAGCGUACGCUCGAAGGGCCAGAUAAGAACAAUGAGGCAUCGGACCGUGUCAACGAAGCUGUCAUCAUCAUGUAUGGUGCACUCGCGCGUCACUUGAAGCCGGGCGAUUCAAAACUCCCCGUUGUCAUCGACAGACUGCUGGCAACCUUGAGCACACCGUCCGAGACCGUGCAGUAUGCCAUCGCUGAUUGCUUGCCACCUUUGAUUCAAGCUUACGGAGACAAGUCUUCAAAGUAUUUCUCUCAGGUCCUCGAGACUCUGUUGACUUCCAAAAAGUAUGCCGAGCAGCGGGGUGCUGCCUAUGGCCUUGCCGGUCUCGUUCAAGGCCGUGGCAUUUCAUCACUGAAAGACCAGCGCAUUAUGAUGACACUCAGGGGUGCCAUGGAAAACAAAAAAGAGGCGAACCAGAGAGAAGCGGCCCUACUGGCAUAUGAGCUUCUCUCCACCAUACUUGGUCGUCUUUUCGAACCCUAUGUCAUUCAAAUCGUCCCUCAGCUCCUCACCGGUUUCGGUGACAGCAACGCCAACGUCCGAGACUCCUGUCUGGCAGCGGCAAAGGCUUGUUUCGGCAAACUGAGCUCCUACGGUGUCAAGAAGAUUCUUCCCACCCUGCUCAACGGUUUGGAUGAUGACCAAUGGCGCAGUAAAAAGGGAGCCUGUGACCUGCUGGGAGCCAUGGCCUACCUUGAUCCAAACCAGCUGGCACAGAGUUUGCCGGAUAUAAUCCCACCUCUCACUGGUGUUCUCAACGAUAGUCACAAGGAGGUCCGCUCGGGGGCUAACAAGAGCUUAAAAAGAUUCGGCGAAGUUAUCAGUAACCCUGAAAUCAAGGGUCUUGUUGACAUUCUCCUCAAGGCGCUCAGCGACCCCACCAGAUACACGGACGAUGCCUUGGAUUCUUUGAUCAAGGUCCAAUUCGUGCACUACCUGGAUGCUCCGUCCCUGGCACUGGUCACAAGAAUCUUGCAGCGUGGUUUGGGUGACCGUUCCAAUACCAAGCGCAAGGCGGCACAGGUCAUUGGCAGUCUUGCGCAUCUCACGGAACGAAAAGACUUGAUCUCACAUUUGCCAAUCCUUGUUGCGGGACUGAAGCUCGCCAUUGUCGAUCCGGUCCCCACAACUCGUGCCACGGCUUCUAGAGCUCUGGGGUCAUUGGUGGAGAAGCUGGGAGAAGAUGCCCUGCCGGAUCUCAUCCCUGGACUCAUGCAAACCCUCAAAGCAGACAACGGUGCUGGAGACCGUCUCGGCUCCGCCCAAGCCCUCAGCGAGGUUCUCGCAGGUUUGGGUACCACCAGACUCGAAGAAACUCUACCGACUAUUUUGCAAAAUGUCGAGUCGACCAAGCCGGCUGUUCGCGAAGGCUUCAUGUCUCUCUUCAUCUUCCUCCCUGUGUGCUUCGGCAACAGCUUUGCAAACUACUUGGGCAGAAUUAUUCCGCCCAUUUUAUCUGGCCUUGCUGAUGAUGUCGAGUCUAUCCGCGAGACCGCUCUUCGUGCUGGUCGCCUCCUUGUCAAGAACUUUGCCGUCCGCGCUGUUGAUCUUUUACUCCCAGAGCUUGAGCGUGGCUUGGCCGAUGAUAGCUACCGUAUUCGUCUCAGCUCAGUCGAGCUUGUCGGUGACCUUCUCUUCAACCUUACAGGCAUCAGUGGUAAGGCUGAGGACGAGGAGCAAGAUGAGGAGAGCGCCAGAGAGGCAGGAGCUUCACUCCGUGAGGUCCUUGGCGAAGAGAAGAGAAACAAGAUUCUCUCUGCUCUCUAUGUCUGCCGCUGCGAUACCGCCAAUGCCGUCCGCUCUGCCGCUGUUGCUGUGUGGAAGGCUUUGGUUUCCAGCCCUCGUAUUCUCAAGGAGUUGGUACCAACGCUUACUCAACUUAUCAUUCGGCGUUUGGGAAGCUCCAACAUGGAGCACAAGGUCAUUGCCAGCAAUGCUCUCGGCGAAUUGAUUCGCAAAGCUGGAGAUGGUGUGCUCUCCACACUACUGCCUACUCUCGAAGAGGGCUUGCAAACCUCCACCGACACAGACGCAAAGCAGGGUAUCUGCCUUGCCCUCAAAGAACUUAUUGCCUCAGCCUCAGAGGACGCACUGGAGGACCAUGAGAAGACGCUUAUCUCUGUCGUUAGAACAGCCCUUACCGACUCGGAUGCUGAUGUCAGAGAGGCUGCUGCAGAAGCCUUCGACUCUCUCCAGCAGAUCCUGGGCAAGAGGGCCGUGGACCAGGUACUCCCAUACCUGCUCAACCUUCUUCGCUCUGAUGAGAAUGCCGACAACGCGUUGUCAGCCUUGCUUACCCUCCUCACCGAGACGACUCGCUCCAAUAUUAUUCUUCCCAAUCUCAUUCCCACGCUUAUCGCCCCUCCCAUCUCUGCGUUCAACGCCAAGGCGCUUGCGUCCUUGUCGAGGGUGGCCGGUGCUGCUAUGAACCGCCGUUUGCCCAACAUCAUCAACUCACUGAUGGAGAACAUCAUCAACUGCGAAGACGAAUCUUUGCGAGAGGAUCUUGAGAUAUCUUUCGAUACUGUUGUCCUAUCUAUCGACGAGUACGACGGGCUCAAUACAGUUAUGAAUGUUCUACUUCAACUCACAAAGCACGACGAUCACCGCAGACGCGCAGCCACUACCCAUCACCUUGGAAAAUUCUUUGCUGCUGGCGAAGUGGAUUACUCGCGCUAUAACCAAGAUAUUGUACGGUCACUCCUCGUCUCCUUCGAUGACAGAGACCCGGAUGUCGUCAAGGGGGCAUGGGCUGCACUCAGCGAGUUCACCAAAAAGCUUAAGAAGGAAGAGAUGGAGGGCCUGGUUAUUUCGACUAGACAGACGCUUCAGCAAGUUGGCGUGGCCGGCGCGAACUUGCCUGGUUUCGAGCUACCCAAGGGUAUCAACGCCAUCCUGCCUAUCUUCCUGCAAGGUCUUAUGAAUGGCACGCCGGAUCAGAGAACACAGGCAGCUCUGGCCAUCUCUGAUAUAGUCGACCGGACAAGUGAGGCUUCCCUGAAGCCGUUUGUCACACAGAUCACUGGUCCUCUCAUUCGUGUCGUUUCUGAAAGGUCUACAGAAGUCAAGUCUGCCAUCUUGUUGACUCUCAACAAUCUCCUGGAAAAGAUGCCUGCGGCUUUGAAGCCAUUCUUGCCCCAGCUACAACGCACAUUCGCCAAGUCUCUCGCAGACACGUCGAGCGAGGUCCUCAGAGCCCGCGCAGCCAAGGCGUUGGGUACUCUUAUCAAGUACACGCCGCGUAUUGAUCCGUUGAUUGCCGAGCUCGUUACCGGCUCUAAGACAUCAGACCCCGGUGUCAAGACGGCUAUGCUCAGCGCGCUCUACGAAGUCAUCAGCAAAGCCGGUGCCAACAUGGGCGAGACAUCGCGGGCCGCCGUUUUGGGUCUCAUUGACUUGGACACUGACGAACGAGACGACGCUAUGACAAUCACGAACGCCAAGCUACUUGGAGCACUGAUUAAGAACGUUCCCGAGGAGGCCGCUAAUGGGUUGCUCAAGAACCGAGUAGUGACCAGCCACUGGAGCCAUUCUUCCGCACUCGCGCUGAACGCAGUGCUCGUCGAGUCUCCGCAGAGUCUCCUUGAAAGUCCUCUGGCGGACGACUUGCCCGACCUCCUCGGCCAGGGCAUGUCUCACAAGAACGCAAGCAAAUACCUUCUUUCUGAUUCGACCAAGACUUUUGACUCGAACAAGAAGAUUUUCGAGGCGCUCGCCAACACGAUUCAACCGGGUGGCCCUGUCGACUCUCGCCGACUGGCUCUGGUAAUCGUCCGAACGAUGAGCCGCGUCGACAUGGAUAUGGUCAGGCCGCAUGUUGCUGUGCUCGCAGGACCCAUCUUUGCCAGCGUCAGAGACCCCGUUAUCCCAGUCAAGCUAGCUGCGGAAGCUGCGUUUGUAGCUCUGUUCAACGUUGUGGACGAUGAGGCGCGGGUCUUUGAUAAGUACAUCGACGGCGCCGCUCUGCCACCAAACACCAAGAGGAGCAUGCAGGAUUACUUCAAGCGCGUCACGAUGCGGUUGGGUGCACAAGCACGUGAGCGCAGGGAGGCCGAGGGUGGCCAGGGAGGCCUAGGUUUGUCCAAUGACGAGGUUGAGGACGAGAGAGAGAUCUGGAGCGUAGGCAAAGUCGAUGUCGGUGAGGAUGUGUUUGGCAAGUAG